AUGGCGCACAGUUUACUACAAAAUAAGCGAUUUUUCUGUCGUGAAUGGUCUUUCAGUAAAAUUCAACACUGUUUAGAUCAUCGUCCGGAAUCCAAGACAUGUGGGGCGUUAAUAAUGGGCGGUCCUGGUUGUGGGAAGACGGCACUGUGCUGUGAGCUGGUCUGGCCGACAUCAUCGAACGGUAAGCAGACGACUUUGAGGAAGCGCCUGAUUGCGCAUCAUUUCUGUCAGGCUCAUAAUAUAGAUACCUUAUCGCUAGUGGACUUCAUUUCCGGUAUAGUAGACCAGCUGUCCAGGUCCGAACUUAUCGUGGGAUACCGAGAAAAACUCAAGGACCCUUCAGUCCGGAAAUUUCUUGACCAAGACGAAAUCGAGAGAUCUCCGGAUGAGGCGUUCAAACAGACUGUGUUGAAUCCAUUAAUGGCCCUCGAUCCUCCUAAAGACACGCUUUUUAUCCUCGUGGACUCCAUUGACGAAUCUUACCUUCAAACUUUCACUGAGAAAUCACCCGUAAGUCGGAACAUUGCCGAACUUUUAGCCAAUUACCAUCCGCUUAUACCUCCAUGGCUUUUACUAAUCUGUUCCUCGAGAAAACAGAGCAAAUCUGUCACUCGCAUGUUCACCGGUUUCCGUAAGAUAAGUCUGGACGAUUUACGGAAGUCGCAUAUCGUUCGCGAUGUACAACAGUAUAUUCUUUGUCGUUUGGACCAAGAGGAAGCGUUGCGUCAACAUCUAAGUCGCGAAACGGCGGAAAUGUUGAACCAAUUACACAUAAAGAGUAAUGGUUGCUUUUUGUAUCUGGAAAAAGUUUUGGAUGGAGUUGCCGAUAAUUUCAUCAUGCUACGAGAGAUCAAAGAAAUACCAGGAACUCUUAAUGGAUUAUAUUUGUGGCUUUGUCAACGUUUAUUUGUGAAAAAACAAUUUGAUAAGAUACAACCCAUAUUGAAUGCCAUCUUGGCGGCCAGACGUCCUUUGACGGUGGACAAUUUAUACUCUUGUAGCCGCGGAAUCGACACAACUCUAACUUUCGAAGAAUUUGAACGUCGUUUGAAACUAAUGUCUAAAAUUCUUAUUGAUGGCGACAAUGGGUCUAAGAUUUUGUUUCACCAUAGUUUUGCAGAAUGGCUUUUGGACGUGAAACAUUGUACACAGAAAUAUCUUUGUAACGCCACUUAUGGCCACGGAAUGAUUGCAAUGGCGGCCACUUUAAACGCGGCUCAUCUAACAGCACCGGAAGUUCAAGACUUCGCCUUCCAUCUGUUGCGCACAAACUUCCAGCCGCCUAUUCAAUACCAUCAUUUAGUUCAGUGGCUCAUGUUGUCAAGUGCAGACGUUGAAUCGAGUUUAUGUUCUGGGAUACCAAAAGACCAGAAAAUCGUGAAAUUGUUGCUAGACGCAGGUGCGAGAAUGCCUAGCAACGAAAUGGAUGCGAGCACGUUAUCGGUUGACGAUGAUAAAGACGAUUCGGGAUCUUCUGUGGAAGAAAUAGACAUCCCCGUUGAUCAAAUUGACGGAAAUGGACGCUCCUUGCUCCAUACUUCUUCGUAUCAGGGUCAGUUGCUAUUCUGGGGAACGGCUGUGGAUCAUAUAGACGGUGAAGGUCGUAGUGUUUUGUGCGUUGCGGCCGCUCAGGGUAAUCCGGCGGUGGUGACUCUUCUGUUGGAUCGUGGAUUAGAUGAAAUGCAUCGGGAUAAUGGAGGGUGGACGCCUCUGCAUAUGGCAGCGUAUGAGGGGCAUUUUGAGGCUGGAAACAAAGACAAAGAGUAUGGACAAGAAAGAAUGAAAGAAGAAGGUGGAAGAAGAUUCGUUGAGAGAAUGAGUGAAUGA